AUGAACAAAUAUAGCUUCACUCUUGAGACUAUAGGGCUCUCAGGAGUACAUGAGCAUAUUGAUCCAGGGUUUCUCACAGUUGUUCAGGAUGAUGACCUAAUUGAUGGCCUCGAAGUCUUACACUUGCCUUCUGGCUCUUUUGUUCCAGUCCCUCCAUUAUCCGGAACCUUUGUUGUUAAUCUUGGAGAUGUUGCUCAUGUGUGGAGCAAUGGAAGGUUUCCAAAUGUGCAUCAUCGCGUGCUAUGCAAGGAAGGAAGGACAAGAAUUUCAGUAGUGGCAAGUUUGCAUGCACCACGGCAUAGGGAUGUUGAAGUUGCAAAAGAGUUUGUGGACACUGACCAUCCGCCUCUCUUUAUGCCUUUCAAUUUCGAACGUUACAUUGAGUCUCGUUGGUCCAAAAAUAUGAGAGUUGGUGAAGCACUUGACUUAUUGCGUGUUGAUCAUCCUUCAAAUACUGUUUCAGCAUGA